UAUUUAUUUUCCCCAAUUUUUCCGGCAAACUUGAAAGUACAGAAGCAAACGGAGCAAACACACAUUUUAAUGACAAAUUGAAUGUCCCAUUUAACACAAACUUCAAUCAAAAGUGGCAUUAAUGUUCCGAUUGGUCAUUUAAUAGUUGUUCCGAAAUGGAAAAAUUCAGAUUUAUCAACAACUUUGCAAAGCAGUAUUCAAGUUUUGUAUGACGACAACUUAGGUUUGAUAGAUUUUUACCCAUCAUCAAAUACAGGAGUUGUGUACAUCACAGAAGCUGAACUUGUCACAAACAGUUAUAGGAGAAGAUUGGCAAAGCUUAGAAAGGCCAACAAGAUACCUAUUGUUGUGAUAGGAGAAAGAACUGGAACAAGCAGCCAGUAUUUUUGUUCCCUUCAGAAGUUUUGUGUUAUGGAACUUGGAUUUUCAUUGAUACCAGUCCCUUCACAGAAAGAGGCAGGAACAUUUCUAGCUCAAAUGGUCCAUGUUGAAGGACACAAGGAGACCAAUCCAUUCACAAAGAAGAAGAGAUCAUCACCUUUAGAUCAAGCUUUGUUAGCUUCUGUUAAAUCUAUACCUAAACUAGGAGAAGUCAAAUCUAGAACGUUAUUGGAAAAGUUUGGAAGUCUUCAAGCUAUAAGUAAAGCAUCUAUUCAAGAAUUGACUGCUGUUGUUGGAAAAGCUAGUGCUGAAAAUAUAAGGACUUUCCUAGGUAAUCCAUCCUAAGUGUCAAAUUUUGCGGUCUAGCAAAAUUUUGUUUAGCAAAGAUUUAUCCAGAUUAAUCAAGAGCAGAUAGAUUACAGAGCAGUUAUGAUGUGUAUUUACAAAUACUAAAAGCCUAAAUAAUGCAGAAGGGUUUCAAAAGUUUUAAAGAGAAAGUACACAUCAAAGAAAACUUACAGUGAUGUUUGCCAUCAAUAACACUUAAAUAUGUUUGAAAUUAUUCCAAUAAAAAAAUAAUUUACAA